GGCAACGAGAGACCCAUUAUUGGGAUAUUGUCACAGGAAUGUCACUUCGAGAAGUUCCGCAGAUUUGGAAGUUCUUAUAUUGCAGCUUCAUAUGUGAAGUUCUUGGAAUCUGCCGGUGCCCGAGUUGUGCCAAUAAGAUUAAAUCUUUCGGAUGAAGAAUAUGAUAAAAUAUUCCACUCUAUUAAUGGGGUGCUUUUUCCAGGAGGUGGUGUGGAUCUUAAGACUUCAGAAUAUUCCAGGGUUGCUAAGAUAUUUUACCACAAGGCGUUAGAGGCUAACGAUAAAGGAGAUUAUUUCCCAGUAUGGGGAACAUGCCUUGGACAUGAAGAGCUUACGUAUCUCACAAGUGGCGAAGUUUUACUUGUUAAUACCAAGACAGAUGGCUUUGCGCUCCCCCUCAACUUCACCUCAGCUGCAAAAGACAGUAGAUUAUUCAAGAAUUUCCCUGAUGAUGUAUUACAUGCAUUUGCUACUGAGCCAUUGACAUCAAACUUUCAUAUGUGGAGCCUCUCCAUGGAGAAUUUCACAAAGAAUGAAAAGCUUCGCAAUUUCUAUAAUGUUCUGACCACUAACACCAAUGAUGAAGUGGAGUUUAUAUCUACCAUGGAAGCAUACAAAUACCCAAUUUAUGGCGUCCAGUGGCAUCCAGAGAAAAAUCCUUUUGAGUGGAAGAACUCACCAGGCAUUCCACAUUCCCCAUCAGCUGUAAAAGCAGCAUAUUAUAUAGCUGAUUUCUUCAUUAACGAAGCCCGGAAGAGCCUGCACCAUUUCCCCAGUGAAGAUGAGGAAACAAAAGAAUUGAUUUAUAAUUAUACGCCAAUUUAUACAGGAACAUUUUCUUCAUUUCAGCAAAUCUAUUUUUUUGAUUGAGUAUCGUGUCAAAGGUGCAGUGUUGCUAUUUAUAAAUGGAAUUACUUGCCAGCAUUGCAUAAUUAAGCUGAUACAGUGCACUGCACGUGACAGAAAGCCAGAACAGUUCUCUUCCUUUACAAUGAUUUAUCCUGUGUUUCUUCCGCACUGUUGGACCAUUAAUAUAAAAAUUUACAUUCAAUAACAUAAUAAU